CACUGCCUCUGAUUUAUCAAUAUAAAAAAGAUCCUCUGAGAGGAGGAGGGCACUUUUGUGUGAUGGCAACUUCACUUCUAGGGGUGAGUCUCAGGAUUUUCUCUUGCUGGUUUAAUUAGUUUCCUUUUAUUGCCGAUCGGAGGGGGUUAAAGUCGCCCCGGCCAGGCCACGGGCUAUCAGUCUCUAUUGAGAGCUUUUUUUUCCCCCUUUAAAUACAAGUGAGUUUGGAGAAAAGAAAGAGGGGGAGAGGGGGGGCAGAGUCACUUUUUUCAGAGCAGGAAAAGGUUCGAAGGGCAUUUAGACAAGCCACCUCGCAGCGCCCGGCCUCUCCCCGCCCGGGAGACGUGCGCCCAGCCCAUUUUACGUGCGACGAUUUCGAGGGUAAAGAGAGCAAGUUUUUCCUCCUGGGCAAACUGCAGAUUUUCCCUCUUCCCCUUAGAAAAUUCCGCAGCCCGCCUUGUCUUGCAGGAAGAACCGAGGUUGGGAUCGACUCCUUUGGCCAUGCUUGCUGCUACCUGUAAUAAGAUCGGCAGCCCCAGCCCGUCUCCCUCCUCCCUCUCGGACAGCUCAUCUUCCUUCGGCAAAGGCUUCCACCCCUGGAAACGUUCCUCGUCCUCCUCCUCCGGCAGCUGCAACGUAGUGGGCUCCAGUCUCUCGAGCUUCGGCGUGUCGGGCCCCUCCAGGAACGGCGGCUCGUCCUCGGCCGCGGCGGCUGCCGCGGCGGCGGCGGCUGCGGCUGCGGCUCUGGUGACCGACUCGUUCAGUUGCGCCGCCUCGCCGGGCUCUAGCGCCUUCUCCCUAACCUCCAGCAGCGCUGCCGCCGCUGCCGCGGCAGCCGCCGCCGCCGCCUCGAGCUCUCCCUUCGCAAACGACUACUCGGUGUUCCAGGCCCCUGGCGUAUCGGGGGGCGGCGGCGGCGGCGGGGGCGGCGGCGGCGGCGGCGGCUCCUCCGCGCACUCGCAGGACGGCUCCCACCAGCCAGUGUUCAUCUCCAAGGUGCACACCUCUGUGGACGGGCUGCAGGGCAUCUACCCGCGCGUGGGCAUGGCGCACCCAUACGAGUCGUGGUUCAAGCCCUCGCACCCCGGCCUGGGCGCCGCCGGCGACGUGGGCUCGGCCGGCGCCUCCAGCUGGUGGGACGUGGGCGCGGGCUGGAUCGACGUGCAGAACCCGAACGGCGCGGCGGCGCUGCCCGGCUCGCUGCACCCCGCCGCCGGGGGGCUCCAAACCUCGCUGCACUCGCCGCUCGGAGGCUACAACUCGGAUUACUCAGGCCUGAGCCACUCAGCCUUCAGCAGCGGCGCCUCUUCACACCUGCUCAGCCCCGCCGGGCAGCACCUCAUGGAUGGCUUCAAGCCGGUGCUGCCCGGCUCCUACCCGGACUCGGCCCCAUCGCCGCUGGCCGGAGCUGGGGGCUCCAUGCUGAGCGCGGGGCCGUCUGCGCCGCUGGGGGGCUCCCCGCGUUCUUCCGCCCGCCGCUACUCCGGCCGCGCCACCUGCGACUGCCCCAACUGCCAGGAGGCGGAGCGGCUGGGUCCGGCCGGGGCGAGCCUGCGGCGCAAGGGCCUGCACAGCUGCCACAUCCCGGGCUGCGGCAAGGUGUACGGCAAGACGUCGCACCUCAAGGCGCACCUGCGCUGGCACACGGGCGAGCGGCCCUUCGUGUGCAACUGGCUCUUCUGCGGCAAGCGCUUCACGCGCUCCGACGAGCUGCAGCGGCACCUGCGGACCCACACCGGCGAGAAGCGCUUCGCCUGCCCUGUCUGCAACAAGCGCUUCAUGCGCAGCGACCACCUCAGCAAGCACGUGAAGACGCACAGCGGCGGCGGCGGUGGCUCGGCGGGGUCAGGCAGCGGCGGCAAGAAGGGCAGCGACACCGACAGCGAGCACAGCGCCGCGGGCAGCCCGCCUUGCCACUCCCCGGAGCUGCUGCAGCCCCCCGAGCCUGGGCACCGCAACGGCCUGGAGUGACGCGCACCCCGCCCCUGCCCCUCUCGCCUUCCCCCUCCCACCUUGGUCCGCUUGGGCCCUGUGGGUCCUGGCCUCAGUUCCAGCCUCUCUACACUGCACCCUGCUCACUCUCUCUGUCUCUUUCUGCCCG